AUGAUCGAAAACUACAUCCUCGACUACUCAGGUCUGAAGAUAUUCAUGGCAACAAUGUCCAUCAUUGGCGUAUUCGUGUUCAUUGCCUUAUACUUCAUAAAUGCAGGUUACGGAAAAUUCGCUAGCAGAUCAUGGGGACCAGCCAUUCCAAACAAAAUUGCAUGGAUAUUAAUGGAAUGCCCAGUUUUCUUCGUUCUUUGCAUCCUUUGGUACUUUUCUGAAAGAAGAUUCAAGUUAAUUUACCUUGCAUUCUUCAUAAUCUUCCAAAUCCACUACUUCCAGAGAUCAUUCAUCUUCCCAUUCCUCCUUAAAGGUAAAUCAUACAUGCCAAUCCUUAUCAUGCUUAUGGGAGCCACAUUUAACGUUUGCAACGGUUACAUCCAGGGUUGCUGGCUAUUUUAUGCAUCUCCAGAAGGAUACUACACAAAUGAAUGGUUCUGCACACCACAAUUCAUCAUCGGAACCAUUAUUUUCUUCACAGGAAUGUUUAUUAACAUCCACUCUGACCACGUUAUCAGAAACUUACGCAAACCAGGUGAUACAAAGCACUACCUUCCAAACAAGGGCAUGUACAGAUUUGUAACAUCUGCAAACUAUCUUGGUGAAAUCAUCGAAUGGUUUGGAUAUUUCAUUUUGACAUUAUCUCCUGCUGCCCUUGUUUUCGUUUGGUUUACAUUUGCCAAUCUUGUUCCACGUGCACACAAGAUUUACGACCGCUAUCUCAAGGAAUUUGGAAAGCCUGUUCUUGAAAAGAAGCGUGUCUUCCCAUUCAUCUAUUAA